CUCCUCCAGGUCCUGGCGCGCAGGGUGGGAGCGCCGCGCGGCUCCGCGCUGCGCAUCGCGGCCCGCUUGCCGCCUGCCCCCUGCCCUAGCUGGGCCGCCUCCCCGGGCUGCCGGUGGAGGGCUACGAGGCGCUAACGUUACGCUGUUUCCGGUUUUCUAGCGGGCUCUGUUUCCCCUCCCAAGGCGGCGGCGGCGGAGCGGCGGAGCCCCCCAAAUGGCCUGGCCAGAUGCGGCAGGUUUGCUGCUCAGCGCUGCCGCCGCCGCCACUGGAGAAGGCUCGGUGCAGCAGCUACAGCGACAGCAGCAGCAGCGGCAGCAGCAGCAGCAGCAGCAGCAGCGGCAGCAGCAGCGGCAGCAGCGAGAGGAGCAGCAGCAGCAGCAGCAGCAGCGAGAGCAGCAGCAGGAGCAGCAGCAGCAGCAGCAACAGCAGCAUCUCCCGUCCCGCUGCGCCCCCAGAGCCGCGGCCGCCGCAACAGCCGCAGCCCCGCAGCCCCGCAGCCCGGAGAGCCGCCGCCCGCUCUCGAGCCGCAGCCGCCGGCGGCAUGAGGCGCGACCCGGCCCCCGGCUUCUCCAUGCUGCUCUUCGGUGUGUCGCUCGCCUGCUACUCGCCUAGCCUCAAGUCGGUGCAGGACCAGGCGUAUAAGGCACCCGUGGUGGUGGAGGGCAAGGUACAGGGGUUAGCCCCGGCCGGCGGCUCCAGCUCCAACAGCACCCGAGAGCCGCCUGCCUCGGGUCGGGUGGCGCUGGUAAAGGUGCUGGACAAGUGGCCGCUCCGGAGCGGGGGUCUGCAGCGCGAGCAGGUGAUCAGCGUGGGCUCCUGUGCGCCGCUCGAAAGGAACCAGCGCUACAUCUUUUUCCUGGAGCCCACGGAGCAGCCCUUAGUGUUUAAGACGGCCUUUGCCCCCAUCGACACCAACGGCAAAAACCUCAAGAAAGAGGUGGGCAAGAUCCUGUGCACUGACUGCGCCACCCGGCCCAAGCUGAAGAAGAUGAAGAGCCAGACGGGACAGGUGGGUGAGAAGCAAUCACUGAAGUGUGAGGCAGCAGCGGGCAACCCUCAGCCCUCCUAUCGCUGGUUCAAGGAUGGCAAGGAGCUCAACCGCAGCCGUGACAUUCGCAUCAAGUACGGCAACGGCAGAAAGAACUCACGACUACAGUUCAACAAGGUGAAGGUGGAGGACGCUGGGGAGUAUGUCUGCGAGGCUGAGAACAUCCUGGGGAAGGACACGGUUCGGGGCCGGCUCCAUGUCAACAGCGUGAGUACCACUCUAUCAUCAUGGUCGGGGCAUGCCCGGAAGUGCAACGAGACGGCCAAGUCCUAUUGUGUCAAUGGAGGCGUCUGCUACUACAUCGAGGGCAUCAACCAGCUCUCCUGCAAGUGCCCUGUGGGAUACACCGGGGACAGGUGUCAGCAGUUCGCAAUGGUCAACUUCUCCAAGCAUCUUGGAUUUGAACUAAAGGAAGCCGAGGAGCUGUACCAGAAGAGGGUCCUGACUAUCACCGGUAUCUGCGUGGCUCUGCUGGUCGUGGGCAUUGUCUGCGUGGUCGCCUACUGCAAGACUAAAAAACAGCGGAAGCAGAUGCACAAUCACCUCCGGCAGAACAUGUGCCCAGCCCACCAGAAUCGGAGCUUGGCCAACGGGCCCAGCCACCCCCGGCUGGACCCUGAGGAGAUCCAGAUGGCAGAUUAUAUCUCCAAGAAUGUGCCAGCCACAGACCAUGUCAUCCGGAGGGAAACGGAGACCACCUUCUCUGGGAGCCACUCCUGUUCUCCUUCUCACCACUGUUCCACAGCCACACCCACCUCCAGCCACAGGCAUGAGAGCCACACGUGGAGCCUGGAACGUUCUGAAAGCCUGACCUCUGACUCCCAGUCGGGCAUCAUGCUGUCAUCAGUGGGCACCAGCAAGUGCAACAGCCCAGCGUGUGUGGAGGCCCGGGCACGGCGGGCAGCGGCCUACAGCCUGGAGGAGCGGCGCAGGGCUGCCGUGCCACCUUACCACGACUCCGUAGACUCUCUGCGUGACUCCCCACAUAGCGAGAGGUACGUGUCGGCACUGACCACGCCCGCGCGCCUUUCUCCAGUGGACUUCCACUACUCGCUGGCCACGCAGGUGCCGACUUUUGAGAUCACGUCCCCCAACUCCGCUCACGCAGUGUCGCUGCCGCCGGCCGCACCCAUCAGCUACCGCCUGGCGGAGCAGCAGCCGCUUCUGCGGCAGCCGGCGCCCCCUGGCCCCGGGCCGGGACCCGGCGCGGACAUGCAGCGCAGUUACGACAGCUACUACUACCCCGCGGCGGGGCCCGGGCCGCGGCGCGGGGCCUGCGCGCUGGGCGGCAGCCUGGGCAGCCUGCCAGCCAGCCCCUUCCGCAUCCCGGAGGACGACGAGUACGAGACCACGCAGGAGUGCGCGCCCCCUCCCCCACCGCGGCCGCGCGCCCGCGGCGCGUCCCGCAGGACGUCGGCGGGGCCCCGGCGCUGGCGCCGCUCGCGCCUCAACGGGCUGGCGGCGCAGCGCGCACGCGCGGCGCGGGACUCGCUGUCGCUGAGCAGCGGCUCGGGUGGCGGCUCGGCCUCAGGCUCGGACGACGACGCGGACGGUGCGCUGGCGGCCGAGAGUACGCCUUUCCUCGGCCUGCGCGCGGCGCACGAUGCGCUGCGCUCGGACUCGCCGCCGCUGUGCCCGGCGGCCGACAGCAGGACUUACUACUCCCUGGACAGCCACAGCACGCGGGCCAGCAGCAGACACAGCCGCGGGCCUCCCCCGCGGGGCAAGCAGGACUCGGCGCCCCUCUAGGGGCCCCCGCCGCCCCGCCGCCCCCCUCCGCCUCGCCUGCCCCACUGUCUUUACGGAGAACAGAGACCACCGCCUGGAGAGAGAAAGGAGGAAAAAAAGAAAUAAAAAUAUUUUUAUUUUCUAUAAAAGGAAAAAGGUAUAACAAAAUGUUUUAUUUUCAUUUUAGCAAAAAUUGUCUUAUAAUACUAGCUAACGGCAAAGACGUUUUUAUAGGGAAACUAUUUAUAUGUAACAUCCUGAUUUACAGCUUCGGAAAAAAAAAAAGAAACAACAAAAAAAAAAGAGAGAUGGGCCAAUUUUUUGACUCUUUAAUAGAAACCUAUAUUGUGGUGCCUUUUGCUGUACGCUAAUCUGGAGCUCCUGGAGAGAAGUCGGGGUUGUGGGGUGGGGUGGGGCUGAGGGGACUGUAGGAUCCCCAGCUGGCAGGGGUGAGAGGAAGCCGGCAAAGAAAAGACUGCUGGGUGUUAGUGGGGGCAAGGGUGGGGGCUGGGAGGGGAUCCGCCCUGAAGAAGGAAAUGAGGACAGGAGUAGCUUUGCCCUCAGGCAAGAUCUUCAGGCCCCCGACACCCUGAGGAGAAGGCGAGGAGAUGGUGGGGAUCCUAGGCUUGGAGCUAGAGUUGGGGUCAGGUAACUUUUGGGGGGGGGGGAGACUUGAGGCCCAGCGACAGCAACCAGAAUGGGGAGGGGGCCACCCUGCUCCUCAUAGCUGCUAAGGGAGGGGGCACUAAGAGGUCUUCCCAACAGCACCGCCCCAGGGAGGGGGCAGCUCUGCCAGGGCCCCAAAGCUCCAGCUCCUCCUCCCCUGUGGCCUCCAGGAUGCCCUUCCGUCCUCUGCAGCACCUUCGUUUACAGGUUGUCUUUUCUAUUUUAUGCCUGCAUGUCCUUUGCAUUUCAGAUUCUUUAGAUUGGAUGCAUGGUCACGCUGGGACCGAGAAGAGCCACUCCACAGUGUAUUUGAUUCCCCUUUUAGCAAUAAAGUAACACCAUUUCCUUCCAGACCCCAAGCCACCUACGAAUUCCACUCCCUCCCCACCCCGCAAAACUGGGUCCACUGCUAAUUUGUCAAAAGGUAAUUGUUUAAACAAACAAACAAACAAAUGAGAACCCUGCCCUGAAAUGUCCAAACACCUGACUGUUGACACUUGAACAUUUUUAUAUUAUAAAUAAAAUCAGAAAUAACUCAUGUUUGACUGUGUGUGCCUAGCCCCCAGGUGAGAAUGAGGACCUGGGUGGAGAUGGAUGGAUGUUGGGGUGGAGAUUGGAGAGGGCCAGGCUAGUCCCUGGGAGGAAGAGACUGUCCCUCUAAUCUCCCUGGCUUCAGCUCCCAGGACAGGCUCCAACCCUCCUCCCUCCUCCAAGAUUAUUCACCGGGUAUCCCCCCUGGCUUCUGGGGAACCUGGCCAAGGGGCUGAUGCAGAUUACUCUGCUUUGAGCUCAGCCUCAGACCUCUGGCCCACUUCCUACCCUGGAGCUCCUGGGGCUGGACUGAGGCAACAAUUUCCGGGCCUAUGUGGGUGAGGAGGGAAGGGUUGUGGGAUUGGCACUGGGGCAGCUGAGGCAAGAUGACCCUUGGGGCCUCAAGCAUGUCACAGGCAAAGCCUGGACAUGCAAGGUGGCAUAAUGGGUACCCUUGGCUGCCAGGAAGACCACAGCUGCUGCAGCUUGUAAGCCCACAGGGUGUUGUGCUUUUCCCAACUUUAUAGCCCCUCAGAGCCAGGGCCUGUUUAAACCUGCAGUCCCUGAGGAAGGCAUGGAGAAGGUAGAUGGCCGUCCAGGGUGCAUAAGCCUUUUCCCUCAUUGAUUAAUUUAUUAAACCAGUGCCAGGAUCCCUUAUGUUCCAGCCGGACACAAGGAAGUCAUCUAGCCAAAGAGCUCAGGUGGUUGACGUGUGUGCACACAUGCACGAUCGCCCCCAGAAUGUGUGUGGUCGCUUUGAAGACCUACAAAUGGGCGGGACAGAGAGGCUUCAUUAAGGCUGAGAGGGGCGCAGUUCAAAUUCUAGCUCCGCCCCUCACGGGCUAUGUGACUUCUCUAGGCCACUGUUUCCUCAGCUGUUAAAGGGUGAUGCCAAUACCUACCUCAAAGGGUCACUGUGGAGAUUAUCUAUAAAGCACCCAGUAUUGCUUCUGGCAUAUGAUGCUUAUUAGUGGCUAAUUUGAUGAUGAUGAUGGUGUCCUGUGCCUUGCAUUCUUGAAUCACGCAGAGUGGCAAAAACUGGGUGAAGGGACGUGAUGGGGAAAAGUAAAGAAAGGACUAAAGUUACGGUGUUCAUUGUGGGGGGCUGGGGGGGAUAAGUACCUGUUAUAAAAAAAACAAAGGAAAAUAAAGAACUGAAUCGUACGUAAACCUGCAAAUCACCUCUCCCAGGGCCCCUCUGAUGAUCUCAUCCAAAUCCCUUUGCUGGCUCUGAGUUUGCUGUUGGCUUUAAGCUUUUCUAACAGCCAAUAAUUCCUCUAUGUGAUUUCUGACCUCUAUGUGAACCCCAAUGGUCGUGAAUGACCUCUUGGUGAACCUAUUGGCCUUUUCCGGAGCCCUCAGUGUCAAUAUGACCCUUCUGAGGGCUCGGAGUUGCUGUUACCUUCUAAAUUUUCAGUCAGAAACCACCUCUGUGACUUCAGUGAACCCACUGACCUCUUUGUGAACCCCAGUAAUUGUGAGUGACCUCUCGGUGAACCCAUUGGACUUCUCAUGACCCCAAAUAAUUGUAUCAAGUGAUUUGGUAGCGUUGUUAGCUGCUCUGGAUUCUAAAAUACCUACUGAGAGUCUAAGGCCAGAACCUAAUCCGUCACCCAUUCAUUUCCCAAGCGUGAAUGGGACCUGGGAACCGGUGUGGCCAGAGAGGCUCUUUUUCCCUUGUGCCUCCCAAAUUGAUGCCUUAGGGCAUCUUUAGUGGCCCAUCAGGAAGAGGUAUAGCCCUGUCAAGCAGCUUCCCUACUACCACCCUGUCCCCCACAAGCACUUAGGACAUUCUGGAGACUUCCUGAGUUGGUGGUCUUCCCCACUCCUCCAAUCUGUCUUCUUCUCUCUGCCAGGUCAGUUUUGGUUUUCUCCCCAGUGUUCCCAGGCUCCCAAAUGGUAAUGGUGACGUCCUGUCCCCCUCCCCACUAGACUGUGAGCCCCAGGUGGACAGGGAGCUGCUCAGUCCUCUUCUCACCACAGUAUCCUCAGCACCUAGCACAGUGUGCGGCACUGUUGACCUUCACUGAAUGAGAAAAUGAAGGCUCAAAGAAACGCUGUGAUCCAGGGUCAGUCCCCAGAAGUCCCUGAGUCUGCAGGGACCACCCGGUGGCGCAAACCACUUACUGCAUCUUGCCUGUGGUCCUCCAUCCUCUGGGUUUGGACAGUCCUGGAAAAUGGGCAUAUUAGGGGCAGAGGUUGUGGGGGAAUGUGAUGGUCCAUUAGAAUGCAGGAAAAAAAUAUUAGAACUCUGAUUUAGAUUUAUUUUCAUCUCAUCUUUUUAAAUUUCUAUUUUUGUGUAUGUUUUAUAAUGUACAUAAUAUUUUAGUACAGUAGUACAUGUAUAUAAUUUACAAUAAAUAAUUAUACAAUUAAGAAAGUGAACUAAAGA